CACUUCGGAGCCCAUGAUGCUCAUGUGGACACACCAACCUACAUCUUGCCUCGGUGCAACUACGGGCGUAAAUUUAUAGACGACGCACGCUCCUUCGUCUUGCUACUCGAGAACCUUGUAUACUAUAUUAAUCCUAAUUGCCUUCACUUUGCAUAAAUUAUCAAAGAUGGCUUCAACCCGCAUCCUUUCCGAUCUCGCAUUGGACGCGUAUUUUGCGCCACAAAUAUCUUCCACGCGUCACCUCGACCAACUAAAAAAAGUCGCCGAGCCAGUUUUUUUCGCUCACCGAGAGUGGACGCAGCAAAACAAGGAAAUUCAGGAAACGCUGAAGCACGUUCCUGAGCUUGGCAGUGGUGCGGAUCGAUCAAAGCUAAGGCGAGUUUUGGACUUGUUGCGGUUGCAAUUUUCUGCAUUGAGUGACAGCUACAUGCGUUUUCAAGGAUUGGCGCAGAAUAUGCUGUCGAAGAUGGACAGGCUAGCGCUUCCGGUGGAGAGGGACCCGGUGCACAUGCCAGACUUGGUUCAUGAUACGGCUGUAGAGGAAGCUGAAGGAGGAGAUCCUAUAGAAGAUGUCGCGGCCAAGAAUGUAGUAGAAGAAGGGGAUCGACAUGUUGCUGAUAACGCGGUGGAAGAAGUUGACGGACGAGAUGAUGAUGUUGCUGAUAACGCGGUGGAAGUUGACGGACGUCGAGAUGAUGAUGUUGCUGAUAACGCUGUAGUCCAAGGGGCAGCGCAAGAGCAUGCCGUUGACAAGGCGGUAGAACAAGGAGAAGGAGGUGGAGAUCAUGAUCUUCCUGAUAACAAAGAUGUAGAACUACACGUUGUGGAAGGACGAGAUCAACGUGUUGAUGCUGAUAAUGCUGUAGUUGAAGCAGGGGAUCAUCCAGAACCACAACCAGAUGCAGAUGAAGCUGGUGACCACAGGGACGAGGUGAUGGGCAAUGAUGCUUCUACUGGUACAACUGAAGAUCGUGGAGAAGUAGCAAAUCAUGUUGAUACGGCGAACGCUCCUGUGGGUGUGGAACGAUGAAGAACGCGGCGGCACUAGACGAGCGUAGGAGUCGUCUGUAGUACAACUUCUACUACUUACUUCUACGCGCAGGAGACAUAACAACUAGACUCCGCACCAGGGUUGCAGUGCGUUGUAGUCGUACAGUUGUCGCGGCGUAUUCUUGUUGAAACCAUAAAGCGCUGACCGAGAGGAAUACGAGGACACAGCAGAGGACCAGGAAGUUGUACAGUUGCUAUAGGAUACAUGAGACAUGAGUUUGAGCUCCUUAGUAGCGUCCUCUCCUGCUACUCCACCUUAGAGAAGACACUUGCAGGCGGGUACUCAGUUAGAACAACUACUUAAAUACGAGCCAGACGAGCCAAACGCAAACUGGUUGAAGAUCUUGCAAUGCAACCAUUGACAUAUGGACAAGACUGUCG